GCCCCGGAUCGCGGCGAGGCUCCACGACUACGUGGAGGCGGAGGACUGGCCGAUAUUCAUGAACCAGUGCUGCAACGGGCUCCUCCUGCUCGAGGGCUGCGUCGUCAACCCGGCGACACGGCGGUGCGUGCGCCUGCCCCCCUGCCCUCCUGAUGCUAGCAGGUUGGAUGCCCGCUUCGGCUGGCGCCAGGAGUACCUCGCGUUCGACCCCACGGUGUCGCCGUACUACCAGGUGCUCCUCAUCCAUGCCUACUUGGAUGACAAAGCACUGGAGGGGUCGCAAUCGGAGUGGCCGCCGUCGCCGUACUCCAUACCUGUCUACUCGUCGAGGACGGGAGCGUGGGAAGCAAGGCCCUUUGUCCGGGAAGGGGCCGCCGCAGGGACCGUCGCCGGCGUGCGGUCCGCCACGGAGCCUCUAUUUCGCCAUGCUGUCUGCCGGCACGAAGCGCUGUACCUGCACUGCAAAGGUGAUUUUGUUAUGCGGAUAGCCUUGUCAGAUAACAAGUACCAAGUGAUAAAAUUGCCGGCUGGUAUUGAGGCGAGCGUGUAUGAUCAAAUGUAUCUUGGGAAAUCGGAGAAAGGGGUGUACUGCGCAGUAGUUGAGAACCAGGAUUACCGGCUUCAGGUUCUGUUUCUCGAUGAAUCUGGUGGCAGGAUGGAAUGGGUUUUCAAGUAUGACAUCAACCUGGCGCCUUUGGUGGUGCAUCUCUCUCGCAACCCCCAUAGCAGAAUCGACAGACCUUGGACUUUACAGGAUAAUGGCCAAGGGGUGAAGGUGCAGGAGGAGGAUUUGCAAUGGGAUUCCGAUGACGAUAAUGUUCUUGACAUUGAAGACGGGUGAAAAGUACCUCUACGACUAUAUUGCUUUGUUUGGGUUUCACCCCUUUAAAGAAGUGGUCUUCUUGUUUCUAUCAAAUGAAAGAGUUUUUGCUUGCCAUUUGAAGACCUCAAAGAUCCAAGAUUUAGGCCAACUGAAAGUACCAUAUCGUGGUGAUGUUAUAGAUACUGCUUUUGUUUACACACCUUGUCGGAUGGGAGACUUGUGUUAAUACAACUCUUUCGUGUAGAGUAUGUAUAGGGUACAUUGAGAUCAAUUGUUAUUUCAGUGCUAGGAGUCCUAAGUGUCAUUAGAUUUGUGUUUAAAAGUACUUUCAUAUGGCUACAAAUUUGUUGCUACAAACAUUAAAGUGUAUGGGAUAUACUAUAAUAUUAAGAGCUGAGACAGUAUGGAAGAUCGUGCCAAGUUUGAUAAAGCAUUAUAUUAGACUGCUCGCACUGGUAUACUCAAAAGCUUCCUCCAGUAGCUUUUAGAAGAACAAAGCGCUGCAGCGGGACCGCUAACGCGUCCGGUAAAGCGGCGGACGCCGAGCGUAUCCGCUAUUCUGAGCGGAGUAGAGGACUCCCGCAAUCCGGCAUGCGGGGCCCGCGCCACGGCUUCCGCGCCAUCCCAACCACCUCACGACGCGCCGCUCCGCCUUGCCGUCGCGGCAACGCCGCGCCUCCGCGUGCCUCCGCCCCGCCGCACCCGUGUGCCUCCCUCCGCGCGCCGCUGCGGGUCAGCCGCCAUGCGCUGCUGCCCUCCGCCCUGCUGCACCCGCUGCCACGCACGGAGGAGGUGGUGCUUCGGGGCCGCAGGGAAGAGGCGGGGAGGUGGUGCUCCCAUGGCCGCCGCCGCUGCCGCGCGCGGGCCCACCCCCGCGGCCCCGCCUGCGCGUCGCCCCGCUGCUCCUCCUCCGCCGCCAUGGCCAGCGAGGGCGGCGUGAGGCCGUGCGCCAGGGCGGCGUGCAGCACGUCCACCCGCAGCUGCUCGCCGCCGGCGUCGAUGUAGCGCCCGCACACCGAGACGGCGAGCCGCGCGUCGGAGGGGCCGUCGCCGCGGCGCCCAGCGACGCCAUGUCAACGACGACGCCGCACCCCUCGCCGAGACCGAGAACGGGGAGGCGUUGGCGCUGGACGCUCGCAGCAGCGCAGCAAUGUCGUACGCGCCCGCCGCCGUCCGCGCCGGAGGGCCAGCUCCUCUGUCGGGCCGGGGGAGGAUGGAGGAGCAGAUCCAGCUCGGCUGUCGCGCGGGCCUCCGCAUCCGCCUCGAGGAGGCCAUGGACGAGGCGGCUUCUCCGCGCCUCCACACCGCCACCGCCGCGCGCUCCGUCGCGUCCCCGUUGCGUCUCCGCCGUGCCUCCGCCGCCCAGCUCGCCUCGCCACGACGCCGAGCGCGCCCGGCCCUGCUCGCCACGCCGCCGCGGCCGGCGCGAGCAGAGGGAGCAGGGGCCAUGCCUGAACUGCCCCGGCGAGGGGAGGGAGGAGGCGGCGCCGUCGAGGGGAGGGAGCUCCGGCCGCGGUCGGAGAGCCGGGGCGGCGGCGAGGAGCAGAGCAGGGAAGAGAAUGGGAGGGAGGGCGGCGGAUAGAGAGAGGGAAUAGGGUGUGAGUUUGACAUGUUGGCCCCACCAUAGAUAGUUGGGAUAAAGGAUGAAUAUAAAGGAUGGAUGGUGCGGGAGAAGUUGAUAUAGAGGAUAGAAUCAUGAUGAUCAGACAGAAAUAUUCUUUGUAGAUGAUGGAUUUAAAGGA